CUACGCUACGCUGUUAUCAACAACAAACCCGACAAAACUACAAGCACAAGACACCUGAUCACAAUCGGCUAGCAAUCGCAGGCACACAUUUUAACGCUUGAAUCAUCAUGGAUGAAACUAAGGAUUCCAUAACCCUUGAAGCUAACACAAUGGAUAUUGAUCCAAUAGAAGAUUUUAAUGAAGCCCCAUUUUUGGAGGGGAGUGAUGCAGCCCCUAUUGAUAUCCCCGAUAAUUCUGCUAAUCCUGUCAUCCCAUCUUCUACUCGCCUGUCCAUCUCAUCCCAUGCCUCAGUAAUGCCUCCUGGAAAUGACAGUGUUCCUCUAUCAAGGACAUCAUUAGAUAAUGUCCUAGACUCCAAAGAACUGAGUGAGAGACAAGAAGUCAUGCCUGAAGGAGGUGAUGCUGACACUGCCCAAGGCGAAUCUCCUAAACUCUCGUGUGGAGAUGAAAAACCUGUAGAAGCAGAAACUGAGGCUAAAGAAAUGGACGACAAAAUCUAUGGAGGAUGCGAGGGGCCAGAUGCUAUGUAUGUCAAACUUAUAUCAUCUGAUGGACAUGAGUUUAUUGUAAAAAGGGAACAUGCACUCACUUCUGGCACCAUCAAGGCUAUGCUCAGUGGACCAGGACAGUUUGCCGAAAAUGAGACAAAUGAAGUAAACUUCAGGGAAAUACCGUCACAUGUUCUUCAAAAAGUUUGCAUGUAUUUCACAUACAAGAUUCGGUAUACAAACAGCUCAACAGAAAUUCCGGAAUUUCCUAUUGCCCCAGAAAUUGCUCUAGAACUGCUCAUGGCUGCCAACUUUUUGGAUUGCUGAAAUUUUAGAUUCUAAAUCACCAAGUUUGUGUCAAAAUUUUCUUUGAAAUUGGCUUAUUCUGUGUUGUUUACCUUUAUCGCAUAUUAUUGUGAGGACUUUCACCUAUGCUAUUUUUGCUGCAACAGUUAUUUAAGUUUGACAUUAGAAUAACCUCGGGGAGAAUGAAUAUUCAGUUAUGGUUUAAUGUAAUGAAUUAACACUUGUAAUGUGAAUGUGACUUGUUUAUCAGAACACUGUCCCUCCAUUGUUGUCCUAUUUAACACAAUUAUACCCUUUGUUUCAUUGCUUUGUAUUCUCCUCUUGUGGUGUUAGCAUGUUCUAAGGUAGGUUGUUAGAACUCUUUGACAACUUGUGAUCUAAGCCAUUCAUUCUAAAGUUUUUGUAAAAUAUUUUACUUAGCGAAUCGUAAAUGUGUUGUGUCUCCAAUGAGAAUUGCAGCGUGGACCUUUCAUGUUUUUGAGCAAGUAUGAUGUGUGAAUGUGUCUUGUGUGUAUAUACCAGCUGUCUCCUUAAGUUUUGUGUACGUAAAUUAUUUAAUUUGUUGUAGGAUCAUUUCUCAUUUCUAUUAUUGACUGUGUUUGGACAAGUUUAGGAGGGGAGCUAGUUUUGGGUUGCAAUUUUUGGUUCAGUUUGUUUAAGUUUUGACCCAACUAUUUUUGUAACACAGAAGUCUAUGAAAUCUGUGAUUAGGUAACUCAGUAAAUGAAAUUCUCUUCCACUUCUGGUUUUGCUUUACAGCUCUGGUCUAUUCACAAACAUUUCAAAUUAAAUAAAUUAUGAAAGCAUUUUGCACCUGUCAAA